CUGGCAACCCUGAUCAGGAGGCGUCUAUUGAGUAAGUUCACUCUCGAACUGUCAGCGCUUCCGGUUUCUUUUUCUGAGCGUUUAAACUUUAAGUUGUGAAUCUUUAAGUUUGUCAUCAUGUCGAACAAUAACGCCACCAGCAGCAGCCUGGCCGUCGCUCACAGAGCCGUGAAACAGCUGCGGCUGGAGGCCAGUGUGCGCCGAAUUCACGUCUCUCAGGCAGCCACAGAUCUGAAGAAUUUCUGUCUCCAGAACGCUCAUAAAGACCCUCUGCUGAUGGGCGUCCCGUCUGGCGAUAACCCCUUCCGCCCCCCCAAAUCCUGUGGCCUGCUCUGAGGUGAUGGACAUCUGGAAAAGAAAAAAAACAGGAGCAACACACUCAGACACACUCACACUCUCAUUCUCUUCACUUUGCUGCAGUGUUGUGAGAAGUCUUCUUGCUAGGCGUCUUGAUCCGACACUGUCCACGAUCCACAUGUAACUCUUUCUAAACUGCAGUAUCGUAUUCACACUAAACCAGUCCUGACUCACUGAAUGGCCCAUUUCCUGCAUUCUCACAGCUUUAAAGAUGAUCGAUUAAAAAAUUAUUUAUUUUUAAAUGAGAGAAGUGUUAUAGAAUUAAAAAAAAAACACUAGAGAGAAGGAGACCUUGGAGUUUUCCCGAGUUUGGACAUGGACUUUAAAAUUCUUUAAAAAUGAUGGUGUGAAGUGGACCAUUCAGAGCAGGACUGUACUGUUUGUUGUUGUUUUUCUCAUUUUGGGAGUUAAUGUGGCAACAUUUCACUGUAUUAAAGAACAUGGAUCCUUUCAUAUGCUUAGAGUCUCUGUAGGUACUAUAAUUUCCAAAACUACACACAGCUCUGCAGUUUAAUGUCCAGCCUUCAAAAUUCUGUCACCUUAUAGAGAAAAAAAAAAGUUCUAUAAUAUUUAAGUUAUUCCACAAAAUCAAGUCGCACAUGAGCUGAUAGUUGGCUAUAAUCCAUGUAUGACGAGAUUGAGUGGAAUAACUGUUUUAUUCAAUCCACAUUCGAUGGAUUUUGAGAAACAGGAGCAUUUUUAUUUUUCUUUUUUUACAAAUCCGAUAAGGAAAAAACUUGAUACAAAACGCCCGACAAAAUCAUUUCCACUUAGAACGUAAACAAACCGACGAAAUGACGGGAGCAAUUUGUGAAAAAUGCAAUGAUGGGGCGUCGUGGCUCAGGUGGAUAAGGCGCCAUACUAUAAAUCCAGGGACCUGGGUUCAAUUCCGACCCGAGGUCAUUUCCCGAUCCCUCCCCGUCUCUCUCUCCCGCUCAUUUCCUGUCUCUACACUGUCCUAUCCAAUAAAGGUGGGAAAAAAAAGCAAUGAUAAUUCUUGAAAAAAAAAAUGAUGCGUUCUUACCAUCAAAUAUUCUCAUUCAAUAUUUUGUUCCUUUUUUUCCUAUUUUUUGGGGUUUUGUUUUCAAGUAGAGGGUUUUGUUUAAAUUAAUUUCAUCCUUGGUUGGUUCAGCAACACGUGCCGCCAUUUUGUUUUUCUUUACUCAUGGUAUAUGAGCUGAUAUCCUAGUCGUAGAGUAGCCAAUCAGAGCGCACGAUUGCUCAUAGCCAGUGAAUGUGGAUAGAAUAAUUCUACAUAUAAUUCAUGAUUAUCUACUUCUGUCCUCAACCAGUGUGGUGUUUUGAGCCUGUCGUGUUCCAGUCCUGAUGUUCAUCUUUCAUGAAACCAUCAAGUCAUUUGCUUUAUUAUUAUGGGUUUCUGAUUCUCCAUUUAAGAUCAUUACUUUACUAUAAAUACUACUUUGUUGAUUUAUUAAAGUUUCAGUGCUCCGAAUACUAACUGAUGGAGCGAUCUAUCUACUGUAAUUACACUAAACAGGAAAAAAAAAAAAGCUAAAAAUUACUGUACUUCAUAUCAAACUUUAGAAUUGAUUUCCAAAGGGCUACCAAUAACACUUUACAACAUUAGGAGCUUUUUUAAAACUAUUAUUUUUCCCUAAGUAAGCAACUAAUGUGCACAUUGAGGUUUUCUUCACUAUACAAGCAGCAGUAACCUGCGAUCUCGCAUAGCAUGCAGAUGUUUGAGCCUUUCUACCUUUUUUUUUAGAAAACUUUUUAGAAUCACGAGGUUCAUCUGCUAGCUUUUAUAUGAUUUUAAAUUUUUUUUUAAUUUUUUUUAAUUACAUGAAUGUUGGGAGAGGUUUCUAACACUAGAGUGGAGAUUUUCAAAAGUCAUCCUUUACUAAUUUAUUAGCAAUAGAUUUAUAUCAUCAGCGAGGUUGUGUCAUGUAGCAUUGGUUUGUUCGUUCAUAAAUCAAAUUACUGUUGUUUUCCACACCGGUUCUGCUGUUUUAUUACACCGUGAUUAUAGUUAGCGCUAAAUCCGAAGACGUUCCUGACCACGUGUGCAAAUUACAACCGGGGACAUGACCUGAGUUUUACAGUAAAAAACACACACUCUGAUGCUGUUGGAUAUCGUGACCUGCAAAUUGCAGAAUGACUAAUUGUUAAGGAGAAAGCUUUAUAACAUUACAGAGAUAUUAACACUGCAAAAUCAGCGUGCUUUUGAUUGUUUUGGGUGCUACCUUUUCUAAUUUAGGGAGAAAACUUGGUUUUGUUUUGUGCCUGUUAUUGUCACAUUUCAGUAAAGUAUGAAAAAUAAGCGCUAAUCCAGUCUUCAUGUUAACGCUGUUCAUUCUGAUGUAACUCUACUCUUUUGUUUGUCGGAUUGAGACUGUUGAAUAUAUGUGCCUUACAGUGUCAUAGUAAAUUUUUCAGUAAAGAUACAUACUUUAACUCUGA